AUGUCAGACAUGGAAGAUGUUUUGGAUAGGCAAGAGCGAGAAAGGCGAGCAAGAAUGCGCAGAAGAGCUGCAAGCAAAAGGGCGCAGAGAGAACUAGAUGAGCAACUUGGUGUGGCCGUUGCUUUGAUGGAGGAAGAAAACCAGAGCCGUCGUGGUUCACGAGAAGGCCGGGCAUCGAAUGUGGACAGACAUAGACAUUCUCGGGAUUUGGGGCUGCUUCCCGAGCAAAAGUUCACAGCUGUGAUACGAAUGUUGGCGUAUGGGUCAUCUGCUGAUCAGGUGGAUGAGAUUGCCCGGAUGGGAAAGUCCACUAUUUUGGAGAGCUUGGUGCGAUUUUGUGAUGCAGUGGAAAAUCUGUACACCAUGGACUACCUGCGCAGACCUACGCUCAGGGACCUGCAACGGCUUCUACAAAAAGCUGAGUUUCGUGGAUUUCCUGGAAUGAUUGGUAGCAUUGACUGCAUGCACUGGCAAUGGAAAAAUUGUCCAUCUGCUUGGCAAGGGGAUUAUGGUAAUCGGAAAGGGCAGAAAAGCAUCAUCCUCGAAGCAGUUGCUGGUUUUGAUACCUGGGUUUGGCAUGCCUUCUUUGGAGUUGCCGGUUCUCAAAAUGAUUUGAACGUCCUAGGUCAAUCCUCGGUGUUCAAUGAUAUUUUGAGAGGUGAAUGCCCAAAUAUCACAUAUCAAGUCAAUAAUACCGUGUAUCAGAACGGGUAUUAUCUAGCUGAUGGUAUCUACCCGAGAUGGACAACAUUUGUGAAAUCAAUUCCACAUCCCCGAUCCGAGAAGGAAAUUUUUUUUGCUGCCUAUCAAGAAGGGUACAGAAAAGAUGUGGAGAGGUGCUUUGGUAUCCUUCAAGCUCGGUGGGCUAUUAUCAGGGGCGCGGCGCGUCUAUUUGACGAGGAUGUGCUCAGAAGUAUAAUGAUGACUUGUAUCAUCCUCCACAACAUGAUUGUGGAAGAUGAGUAUGAUUAUGAUGUUGAUGAAGUGUAUGAACCAGAUCCCAUGAACACGACCUUAACACGAAUUUAUGAAAAACCUAUGGGGCCAAAUGGAGAACCAGUGCAGCAUGAUCCGUUAGUUAGAGACGGUACUUUCAUGCAUCGUAUGAUUGAGCGCUACACGGAGAUGCAAUCGUCGUAUAUUCAUGAACACCGUCAAGUUGAUUUGAUGGAGCAUUUGUGGGCGGUGAAAGGCAAUGAAGGUCAAUGA